AUGUCAACGUCAACACCCGUCCGACAAAGAUCCACGCGGGCAUGUCUACCCUGUCGUCAGCGCAAGAGAAAAUGCGACGGAAAGGUCCCGUGCAACACCUGCAUAGGCUACGGGUAUGACUGCAACUAUGAUUCAGCCCCAGCGCCUUCGAAUAAAAAGCGCCAAUUGGAACCAGAACAGACCUCGCAGGCAAAGGCUGUCCGCACAUCCGAGCCCCAGGGGCGGGAGCACGAUCCCCCGUCAGCCUCGGGAAUUCUUGACUCCACCAAGUCGAGAUACGUCGGAAGGUACUCCUGUGUUGCCUUUCCACUAUGUGUCGGCUUGGAGCUGCAGGCGGCCAAGCCGCCACGACUACAUUCUUUUGCCUAUCAUGCUGGAAUCUGA